AUGCGAUCGCAGGUCUGUGCUGGGGCAGGGGGGAUGCUCGGCCGGGCAGCUCUGGCUGAGGCCGCUGUGCCCCAGCUGGGCCCGCAGCUGCCCCCGCGGCUGACGCAGCACCCGCUGCCCCCGCGGCUGACGCAGCAGCCCUGGCACCUGCUCUACUCCACCGCCCGGGACGGCUUCAGCCUGCGGACCCUGUACCGGAGCGGGGCCCGGCCGGACUCCCCGGCCCUGCUGCUCAUCAGGGACACGGAGGCGCAGGCCUUCGGUGCCUUCUCCGCCAGCGCCAUUCGCAGCAGCAGCGGCUUCUACGGCACCGGGGAGACCUUCCUGUUCUCCUUCUGCCCCGAGCUGAAGGUGUUCAGGUGGACGGGCAGGAACGACUUCUUCGUGAAAGGGGAUGUGAAUCUUCUGAUGGUCGGUGGGGGCAGCGGAAGGUUUGGGCUGUGGCUGGACGGGGACCUGCACCGCGGGGGCAGCCAGCCCUGCGAGACUUUCGACAACGAGACCCUCUCACAGCGGGAGGAGUUCUGCAUCCAGGACCUGGAAAUGUGGGGUCUGGCCUGACCCCAGCAAAGACGCAGAAGGAAAAAGGUGCCGGAGAGGGGAUGAUUGGACUGGUGUUGAGCACAGCUGUUCCCUGACAGCACCUGGAGAGCCUGUGGGAUGCUACCAGCCUUACCUCUCCUCCUUUCACCUGUUCCCAAUAAUAUCAGCCGGUGGGGGCAGCGUGACUGGAAAAAACAGCAGUGGGGUCUCAGGCCUGCAGUCGCUGCCCUGUGUCUGGGGAGCCCAGAGUGUGUGCAUGGGCCCACAGUGGCAUAAAAACUAAAACCCAGGCAUCAUUUGCACAAGUAACCCUAAACCUAACUCUAACCUUGCUGCAACCCUAAUCCCAAGCCCAACCCCCGUAGCUGGGAUGAGGCAGAGCUGGACACGGCAGGGCCCCACACGGAGGAGCUCCGAGAGCUUGUAGGACUGAGCAAGCCCAGGCAGCCUCUGCCCCCGGGGCAGCUCUGGCAGUGCUGGGGUCAGCACAGUCACCAUUCCUCAAUAAACUUCUGGCCUCGUCCUUGCC